AUGACGAUCCCGAUGGGAUGUUUGUCUUUAAAGUGAUUCACAAGGUUCCCAGCCCUGUAGAACAAAGAAGAUGUUGAAAAGAUUAGGCUGUGGGGGAGAACUUAUGGUGAUAGCACAUAACAGCUGAGCGUCAGAGCGAAAUCCUCCAAAGACAAUCCAGGCACUUUGCCUAUCAGCGCCUAUGGCCGACGGAAGCUUCCAAACAAUCCAGCGAGUUUGGAGGACCUCACUGAAAGAUUGGAAGAAGAAACCGUAACGGCUGCCGUGAAUGAAGAAAGUGUUGACAGAGAGGAGAGUAUUGCACUUGUUGAGAACAAGACGAUGUGAUACUGAUCGCUAAGCUCAAAGAGAUCAGUGGACCCUUUAUUUUAGGAAUAUAUCUAAUUUAAACAGAAUUUACUGUCUACAAAAGCGGGCUGUGCCAGCCAUUACAAAUUUAGAACAUCGAGCACAUACUGCUCGUAGUCUCCAAAUUGAAAAUUUUAGAUAUUUUCCAAGUCAAUACGCUUGAUACUACUAAAUUUAUGUUUCGCUACCACAAUAAUCUGCUGCCUCCACUCUUCACUGACUCUUCCGCAAUCUGUUUAUGACAAACAGUCAAGUCCAUAGAUAUGACACAAGAACAGCCAGUAAUUAUCGAGUGCAUUCCUGUCGUACGAACAUCAAGAAAUUCACAAUUCUUUACCAAGGACCUAGAAUCUGGAACUGUCUUCCUGCAUCUGUUACAAACUUGUCAAGCUUUUCUAUCUUUAAGAAAAAAGUGCUAGAGUUUUUAUUAAAAUAGUUACUGAUAGGAAUUAGUUUAGCCGCACUUCUUCGCAGCCCUUAUUUCUUAUAAUAUUGUGAUGUCGAGGUGGCCUCUCUAUAUAAGCCUGGUGGUUUCAUGAAGUCUCCUCACGUCACAACUUGCUGUAUCCUGUAAAAUUUGCUGCAACAAAAAGGCUAAUACAUGAUGAUGAUGAUGAUGAUGAUGAUGUUGAUGAUGAUGACGAUGAUGAUGAUGAAAGAUUGAACAAAAUCUUAAGAGAACUUCAUCUAAAGUAAAAACACACCUGUACGCAAGCGAUCCCGACAAUUGUCUAAUAUUCAAUUACGAGUUCACCGCUGAGGUAAAGAAACAUCUUGUGCUUGGCACCGUUUGGGAAGUGCGGUUCACAGACGAAGAUUUUCAUAUCGAUUUAAACCAAGAGCUCUACGAAGAAUGUCUCGAGUGUACAAGGGGGGUUUGA